AUGUGCCAUUUUGAAACGCAGCACGCGAUCACGAAAUGGCGGGCGGGCAGCGGGAUCUGGAGCGGCGUGGACAUGCGGUCAGGCGGGCAGCGUUACUUUUGCGGCCUUUGCGGUCGCUCGUCCAGCAUCAGCCCGUACAACAUCCAGGUCCACGUUCGGCUGCACACUGGCGAGCGGCCGUUUGUGUGCCCGGUCUGUGGCCGGUCGUAUGUGGACAAGCGCCCGAUGCUGUCCCACAUCCGCAAGGCCCACGGGCAUCUUCAGCCCUUUGCGCCGGUCAAAAGCGAGGCUGCUUCCCCGUCGUCGUCCGAGUUGUUCUUGCACUGA